AGGCCUGUGUGAAUACCAACAAUAUCUGAUCUGUACAUCAUCUCCUCACCGUCGCUUCCUGAUGGUAUGAUGUACAGAUCUGCAGAAGUACAGAGAACGGCGAGGACAAUCUGAAGGCACUUUUUUUUCUGACAGCAACUUUAAGGAAGUGUCUGAGGAGGAACGCCCGUCACCAACUUCCGGUACAAAGCUGUGGCAGAGCUGAAGACUGAACAGGAAGCUCAGAGAGAGAGCAAGAGUGAGAGACAUAGGAAGACACAAAGAGCAAGAGAGAGAGACUUUGUGUGGGAGGAAGUGUGUGUGUGUGUGUGUGUGUGUGUGUGUGUGUGUGUGUGUGGAGACAUGACGGAGUUCUGGGUGUGCUUUAGCUGCUGCAUCGCUGAACAGCCUCAACCAAAGCGGAGAAGGCGAAUCGAUCGGUCGAUGAUUGGAGAGCCGACUAACUUUGUACACAUGACACACGUAGGAUCAGGAGAAAUGGGAAUGGGCCAUGCAGCGGUGAACUCGGUGCAGGCACAGAUGAAAUCUAAAGGUGGUUAUGGGAACGGCACACCAGAGAGCGUGCAGUGAUACGCAUGGACACCAGUGACUGCGACCUGCUGAACUGAAACAGUGAGAACGAGGAGCAACGCUGGAUUUAAUAUCAUACACACACACACACACACACACACACACACACUGGAUCAGCGAGUCAGAGCACUGGUCUGUGAGACGCGUGUAUAUCUGCAUAAUCGCACAGUUAGACGCUUAAAGCUUUGUGAUCUGAGUGUAAACAUUCACGCCCACGCUCGCCACACCAACCAAUCAACAGCCGGCUUCCAUCUCAACCCUCCGCCUUUUCUCGCCAUGAACGCUUUAUUUAUUUGGUGAUUUGUUUCGUGGGUUAAAUACGGUGGCUGGGCCACUUCACAUCUCUCACACACACACACACACACAGUUUAAAUGAUGAGCGAGUGUGAACAAUAGAUUGAACACAAACACAAAUAGAGACAUAAACAAUGAGCUUAUUUUCACAAUUUUAUAUCUUUCAUAUAAAUUUAUGAAUAUAUAUUCCAGUGGGAUGUGGAAUGUCAUUCUUUAUUUUUUUAAAAGCUUUUUAAACGUGCUGUGUUCAGAUAAACUUGACAUGUGCGACCUCACUGUAAUGACUUCCACAGUGCUCUCCUUCUCCACGUUAAACUGUGGGAGGAUUUUUGUACAGAUGUUUUAAUGCCCAAAUAAAUGAUGCCAAGCAACAA